AUGUCAUUAAUUUCAAGCUUGCCUUAUGACAUAAUCUUUCACUUAGAGGAUUAUUUAUCGAAUAGCGAUUUGCAGACACUCUUAAGCGUGUUUAUUGAUUUUCAUGAUAAAUCGAUACUGCUCGCUACUUAUGUGAAACUAUCAGAGAAAACAAUAGUUAUUUCCGACACACCUGGUAAUGAAUUAAUUUCAGAAACAGAUCAUGUCUAUUUAGACCUGACAAACAGUAUUCAAUUCUUUGAAGGCAUUAUUUUAUUUGAUGAAUCAUAUGGUACUAACAUUGUUCCAAAACGUAUAGUGCUUGAUUUUAAUUUAUCGAAUGAUACAAUGUUUGUUGAGUUUCAUAGACAGAUAGUUGAUCUCCUUAAGAAUGUGAAACAAAGCAGACGGUUUAGUACUAGCACUUUCGAUUUGAUACUUAGAGAUACGGGUACACUUUCAACUAAAGAAAUAUUAAGUUUUCUUCGAGGUUUAUCUCUAGGUAUUGGUCCCCAGACUACAGGAAUAACAUUUCGGGAUUCAAUAGCCAGCAUCGAUUUACGGUAUGUUACAACUUUAUUUAAUAGUAUUAAAUGCAUUGAUUUGAAUGGUUUUCGGAAAAUUACCAGAAUUGAUUAUUUACCACAAAGUGUUGGUAAAGUUGUAUUCAAAGAUGUGCAAUUAGACGGGAAGACACUUUCAAAUCAAACUAAAUCAUUAAGACUAAAAAAUUCAGUAUUCGACCAUAGCCACAAUAUAUGUUUACCCGAUAUAAAAGAACUAGCAUUGUGCAACGUUCUAGAUAUUUCAAGUUUUGUCCGGAAUAAUUUAUCAAGGACUUUGGUGUCGUUGGAGUUGGAUAACGUGGAAUUAGAGUUUGAUAAUUUGAGUUUUCAUGAUCUACACAAUUUGGAACAUUUGAAAUUAAUUGACCUUUCAAGUGAAUUAGGGUACGAGUUUCAAUGUCCUCCUUUGCUUCAUCUGCUUUACAUUCAGGACAAAUAUCUACCGUAUAUUUCAAUUGACUUUCCACUCCUACCAGAAACUUUAACCUGUUUGACAUUGAAAGGAGGUCUUCCGUUUAAGUUUGACAAUAAGCAAUUUCCUAGAAAUUUAAAUUCCUUAGUAUUACAAGGUGGUGGUGGCAUUUUUCAAUGUGAAAACUUUAAAUGCCCUCCGAAUUUACAAUCGUUGAUUAUAACUUUACAGAAAUUUCGAAAUGUUCAUAAAUUUAAAUUAGUAAAGACAUUACGAGAAGUAAACUUAAGCAGUAAUAACAUUAAGAAAAUUUCGACUAUAAAAUUCCCUUCCAAUAUUGUUACGUUAUGCCUCAGUAAUAAUAACUUUUUAAAUAUAAAAGGUGUGAAAUUUCCUUACAGGAUGGAGCAAAUUGACCUCACUCAAAAGUAUAGCUUAAUUGGUGCAUAUGACUUUACACAGUAUAAUUGGUUGUCUAAAGCAAACAUUUUUGCUAGUGAUUGUAAUAAAUUUGUAUUUAACAAUAAAGUUGAAAUUAUUAAUGAUUAUGACUGGAGAGUGGAUAAGCAGUGGAAGAAUAGAGAAAUUGAAUUUUUUUAUUAG